ACCAAGACGCUGCGCCCGCUCUGCGGGGAGGGCGGCCUCGGGGGAACAGGCCGGAGCUGCGGGUGUCCCCGAGCCCCCCACCCGCUCCGGGGCGCGUGCGGGACCCUGCAGCCGCGGCGAGGGGGGCGGCGCAUUGUCCCCGCGCUGCGUGCGAAGCCCCGGGAAGUUGGCGUCGCCACGUCGCGAGAGAGGAGCCCGGGGCGGCUGGCUCCCGAGCCGUCGGCCUUGCCUCUCUCCCGGGCGGGCGCGGGGAGCAGGGGAGCGUGGACACUAGCCUCGGACCGAGGCGCCACGAGUGGCCGGUUUCCACCGAGUUUUCCUUGCCCGCCCCAGAGCGGACGGUUAGAAACGGUCCCCCACUUGGCAGCGCCUUGGCAUCCGUGCGCCACCCGACGGCACACGCCAUCGGCGCCAGAGUUCUCGGGAACUGGGAUCCAAAUGCAGGCUUGGGCCGGGGCAAAAGUCGUCCAGAUCCAGGGGUGUUUUGCUUUCUUUCACAAUCCGCAUUCUCCAUCCUCUCCCUACACCGCCCGGGAAGGAGCCACGCGCGAGGAGCAGGGCGGGACGCGGGGCGACACGCACGCUGGAGGCCCACCCGCCGAGGGGCUGCGGGUGCCUGGCGGAGCUCCGCGCGCCCCCGCCCCGCGUGGGAUCAAGCAGGGCGCCCGGCCCCAUGAGGGCGCGGGGAUCCGGACGUCUCCAGCGUCAGUACCCAAGCUCUGCAUCGCCUCGGCUUUGCAGGCUGGGGAAACUGAGGCGGGGACUGCCGGCGCCCGCGGUGGGAGGGCUGGCCGCCCUGCGCGCCGCCCGCCGCCCGCCCUCGCGGCCCGCCCGCCCGCCGCAGGAUUGAGGAAGUGCGUCUGGGCCCGGCCCGGCCCCGGCGCGCGGCCCCAGGCGCGGGGGGCUCAGGGCGCGGGCACUGCCAGGCCCUGGCCGGCUGCUGUCCUGCGGGCCCACCCCGCGCGGCCGGACCCCGACCCCGCCGCCGCCGCCGCAGCAGCAGGAUGACCCAGCUUCCUGCUCAGCCAUGACCGUGUUCCCAUGCCUUCACCCACCCCACGGGCAGUGGCAGCAGCAGUGACCGCGGUGGCACCUGUCUUCAGAGACCCGCUGUCUCCAGGGUCGAUGGCUGGCAUGUCGCAGAGCCUUCCCAGCAUGUACUGGUGUGUGGGGUCGGAGGGGUCAGCCGUGUGUCCGGAGCGCACCAUGGAGACCCACGGUGGUGCCGGAGUCAUGGGCAGCAAGCCGUCCACCCUGGGCGGUGACUGCACAGCGCAGGCCCUCAGGACAGAAGAUAUCCACGUCGCCUACAGACGGGGAGACUCCAGCAGGGCCAGAGACCUGCUCCGAGAAGCUUGCGACGAGAGCACAUCGCAGCUGGAGAGGGUCCAGCUUCUGAGCCUCUGUGCCGCCCACGGGGACCUGGAGAUGGUCCGGCAUCUCCUCACCGAGAGGCAGGUGCAGCUGCCGACGGAGCCCACCGACGACAACCCGGCCGUGGUGGCGGCCCACUUCGGCCACACUGAGGUCGUGCAGGAGUUGCUUGAGUCCUUACCAGCCCCCUGCAGCCCCCAGCGCCUGCUGAACUGGAUGCUGGCCUUGGCUUGCCAGCGGGGCCACCUGGGCGUCGUGAAGCUCCUGGUCCUGACGCACGGGGCCGACCCCGAGAGCUACGCGGUGAGGAAGAAUGAGUUCCCCGUCAUCGUGCGCCUGCCCCUCUACGCGGCCAUCAAGUCAGGCAAUGAAGACAUCGCCAUCUUCCUGCUUCGCCAUGGGGCCCGUUUCUGCUCCUACAUCCUCCUGGACAGCCCCGACCCCAGCAGGCACCUGCUCCGGAAGUACUUCAUCGAGGCCAGCGCGCCCAGCGGCCACCCGGGGAGAAUGGCGCUUCGCGUGAAGUGGUCCCGCCUGCGGUUGCCCUGGGUGGAUCUGGACUGGCUCAUAGACAUCUCCUGCCAGAUCACGGAGCUAGACCUUUCCGCCAACUGCCUGGCUUCCCUGCCGUCCGUCAUCCCCUGGGGCCUCAUCCACCUUCGGAAGCUGAACCUCUCGGACAACCACCUGGCCGAGCUGCCCAGCGUGCAGUCAUCGGACGAGAUCAUCUGUUCCAGGCUGCUGGACAUCGACGUCUCCAGCAACAAACUCUGCCACCUCCCGCCAGGACUCCUGCACCUCUCCAAGCUGCAGAAACUCACGGCGUCAAAGAAUUACCUAGAGAAGUUGUUCGAAGAAGAAAACGCCACGAACUGGAUCGGGCUCCGGAAGCUGCAGGAGCUCGACCUCUCGGACAACAAGCUGAGGGAGCUGCCCGCGCCCUUCAUGCAUUCCUUCAAGUCGCUCAGUUCUCUGAAUGUCUCCAGAAACAGUCUCAAGGUCUUCCCCGAGCCCUGGGCCUGCCCUCUGAAAAGCUGCAAGGCGUCCAGAAACGCGCUGGAGGCCCUGCCGGACAAGGUGGCCGUGUUCUGGAAGAGCCACCUCAAGGACGUGGACUUCUCGGAGAACGCCCUCAAGGCCGUGCCCCUGGGGCUCUUCCAGCUGGACGCCCUCAUGUUCCUGAGGCUCCAGGGGAACCAGCUCGAGACACUUCCACCCCAGGACAAGUGGACCUGCAGACAACUCAAAACCCUGGAUCUUUCCAGAAACCAGCUUGGCAAAAACGAAGAUGGGCUUAAGACGAAGCGCAUUUCCUUUUUCACCACCAGGGGGCGCCAGCGCUCAGGGCCCGAGGCAGCCUGUGUGCUGGAGUUCCCUGCCUUCCUGAGCGACUCUCUGGAAGUCCUUUGUCUGAAUGACAACCACCUGGACGCGGUCCCGCCAUCCGUUUGCCUGCUCAAGAGCUUAUCUGAGCUCUACCUGGGCAACAACCCCGGCCUCCGAGAGCUCCCGCCCGAGCUGGGGCAGCUGGGCAACCUCUGGCAGCUGGACAUUGAGGACCUGCACAUCAGCAAUGUGCCUGCCGAGAUCAGAAAGGAAGGCCCCAAAGCCACGCUGUCCUACCUGCGCGCUCAGCUGCGCAAGGCGGAGCGCUGCAAGCUGAUGAAGAUGAUCGUCGUGGGUCCCCCGCGCCAGGGCAAGUCCACCCUCCUGGAGAUCUUGCAGACGGGGAGGGCCCCCCAGGUGGUGCCCGGCGAGGCCACCAUCAGGACCACCAAGUGGGAGCUCCAGAGGCCGGCUGGCUCCAGAGCCAAGGUGGAGUCCAUAGUGUUCAACGUCUGGGACAUCGGGGGCCCGGCCAGCAUGGCCACUGUCAACCAGUGCUUCUUCACGGACAAGGCCCUGUACGUGGUGGUCUGGAACCUGGCGCUGGGGGAGGAGGCCGUGGCCAACCUCCAGUUCUGGCUGCUCAACAUUGAGGCCAAGGCCCCCAACGCAGUGGUGCUGGUGGUGGGCACGCACCUGGACCUGAUAGAAGCCAAGUUCCGCGUGGAGAGGAUCGCGACCCUGCGCGCCUAUGUGCUGGCGCUCUGCCGCUCACCAGCCGGCUCCAGAGCCACCGGCUUCCCGGAUAUCACAUUCAAGCACUUGCACGAGAUCUCCUGUAAGAGCCUGGAAGGCCACGAGGGGCUGCGGCAGCUGAUCUUCCACGUCACGUGCAGCAUGAAAGACGCGGGGAGCUCCAUCGGCUGCCAGCGCCUGGCGGGGAGGCUGAUCCCCAGGAGCUACCUGAGCCUGCAGGAGGCGGUGCUGGCCGAGCAGCAGUGGCGGAGCCUGGGCGAUGACGUGCAGUACCUGACCGACAGGCAGCUGGAGCAGCUGGUGGAGCAGACGCCCGACAAUGACAUCAAAGACUAUGAGGACCUGCAGUCCGCCAUCAACUUCCUCAUAGAGACGGGCACCCUGCUGCACUUUCCAGACACCAGCCACGGCCUGCGCAACCUCUACUUCCUGGACCCCAUCUGGCUGUCCGAGUGCCUGCAGCGGAUCUUCAACAUCAAGGCCUCCCGCUCGGUGGCCAAGAACGGGGUGAUCCGAGCCGAGGACCUCAGGAUGCUGCUCGUGGGCACGGGCUUCACCCAGCAGACGGAGGAGCAGUACUUCCAGUUCCUGGCCAAGUUUGAGAUCGCCCUGCCCGUCGCCAACGACAGCUACCUGCUGCCGCACCUGCUUCCCGCCAAGCCCGGCCUGGACACCCACGGCAUGCGGCACCCCGCGGCCAACACCAUCCAGAGGGUGUUCAAGAUGAGCUUCGUGCCUGUCGGCUUCUGGCAGAGGUUUAUAGCGCGGAUGUUGAUCAGCUUGGCCGAGAUGGACCUGCAGCUCUUUGAAAACAAGAAGAACAACACCAAAAGCCGGAACCGGAAGGUCACCAUUUACAGCUUCACGGGAAACCAGAGGAACCGCUGCAGCACGUUCCGGGUGCGCCGCAACCAGACCAUCUACUGGCAGGAGGGGCUCCUGGUCACGUUCGACGGGGGCUACCUCAGCGUGGAAUCCUCCGAUGUGAACUGGAAAAAGAAAAAAAGCGGAGGCAUAAAGAUCAUCUGCCAGUCGGAGAUGCGGGACUUCUCGGCCAUGGCCUUCAUCACCGACCACGUCAACUCCCUCAUCGAUCAGUGGUUUCCCGCCCUGACGGCCACAGAAAGUGACGGGACCCCACUCAUGGAGCAGUGUGUGCCCUGCCCGGUCUGUGCCACGUCCUGGGCCCAGCACCCAGACCCCAGCGAGCGGUCGGAGGGCGUGCAGUACUUCGACAUGGAAGACUGCGUGCUGGCGGCCAUCGAGCGGGACUUCAUCGCCUGCCCCCGACACCCGGACGUCCCCGUGCCGCUGCAGGAGCUGGUCCCCGAGCUAUUCAUGACCGACUUCCCAGCCAGGCUCUUCUUGGAGAACAGCGAGCUGGUGCACAGUGAGGACGAAGGCAGCACCCUGGGCCAAGGCGGCAGUGGCACCGUCAUCUACCGGGCCCAGUACCAGGGCCAGCCCGUGGCCGUGAAGCGAUUCCAGAUCAAGAAGUUCAAAAACUUCGCCAACGCCCCAGCAGACACCAUGCUGAGGCACCUGCGCGCCAUGGAUGCCAUGAAGAACUUCUCGGAGUUCCGGCAGGAAGCCAGCAUGCUGCACGCCCUGCAGCACCCCUGCAUCGUGUCGCUCAUCGGCAUCAGCAUCCACCCGCUCUGCUUCGCGCUGGAGCUCGCCCCGCUGAGCAGCCUCAACACGCUGCUGUCGGAGAACGCCAGAGACUCUUCCUUCAUGCCCCUCGGACACAUGCUCACCCAGAAAAUAGCCUACCAGAUCGCCUCCGGCCUGGCCUACCUGCACAAGAAGAACAUCAUCUUCUGCGACCUCAAGUCGGACAACAUCCUGGUGUGGUCCCUGGACGUCAAGGAGCACGUCAACAUCAAGCUGUCCGACUACGGCAUCUCGCGCCAGUCCUUCCACGAGGGCGCCCUGGGCGUGGAGGGCACCCCCGGCUACCAGGCCCCAGAGAUCAGGCCUCGCAUCGUGUACGACGAGAAGGUAGACAUGUUCUCCUACGGCAUGGUGCUGUACGAGCUGCUGUCCGGACAGCGCCCCGCACUGGGCCACCACCAGCUCCAGAUCGCCAAGAAGCUGUCCAAGGGCAUCCGCCCAGUGCUGGGGCAGCCCGAGGAAGUCCAGUUCCACCGGCUGCAGGCGCUCAUGAUGGAAUGCUGGGACACGAAGCCUGAGAAGCGACCGCUGGCCGUGUCGGUGGUGAGCCAGAUGAAGGACCCCACGUUCGCCACGUUCAUGUACAUGCUGCCUUGCGGGAAGCAGUCGGCCUUCUUCUCAUCCCAGGGCCAGGAGUACACCGUGGUGUUCUGGGACGGGACCGAGGAGUCCAGGAACUACACGGUGGUAAACACGGAGAAGGGCCUCCUGGAGGUACAGAGGAUGCGCUGCGCAGGGCUGAGGCUGAGCUGUCAGCUGAAGGUGCAGAGCUCGCUAUGGACGGCCACUGAGGACCAGAAAAUCUACAUCUACAGCCUCAAGGGUAUGUGCCCCUUAAGCGCACCCCAGCAAGCCUUGGACACCCCAGCUGUCGUCACCUGCUUGCUGGCGGUACCUGUCAUUAAAAAGAAUUCCUUCCUGGUGCUGGCAGGCCUGGCCGACGGGCUCGUGGCGGUGUUCCCCGUGGUGCGGGGCGCCCCCAGCGACAGCUGCUCCUACCUGUGCUCGCACACCGCCAACAGGUCCAAGUUCGGCAUCGCGGACGAAGACGCACGGCAGAACCCCUACCCGGUGAGGGCCAUGGAGGUGGUCAACAGCGGGUCCGAGGUCUGGUACAGCAAUGGGCCAGGCCUGCUGGUUAUCGACUGUGCCGCCCUGGACAUCCGCAGGCGGCUGGAGCCCUACACGGCCCCCUCGGCCGUCACCGCGGUCGUGUGCAGCUCCGAGUGCAGGGGCGAGGAGGUCGUCUGGUGCCUGGAUGACAGGGCCAACUCCUUGGUGAUGUACCACGCGGCCACCUACCAGCUGUGCGCCCGCUACUUCUGCGGGGACCCCAGCCCCCUCAGGGACACGUUUCCUGUGCGGCCCUUGGGCCCGGAACCCCCAGACACCCACAGCGCUGCCCCGAAAGAGCCCGAGGGGGACUGCAUCGCAGACGUGAGCAUCAUGUACAGCGAGGAGCUGGGCACGCAGAUCCUCACGCACCAGGACUCGCUCACCGACUACUGCUCCCUGUCCUACUCCUCGUCCCCGGCCCACCGGCCCGCCAGGUCCCCCUGCAGCCUGCCCAGCUCCCCGGCCAGCUGCUCCAGCGUGCCUUUCUCCACUGACUGCGAGGACCCAGACAGGCUGCAGGAGCCCAGCGCCACGCCCGACAGGGCUGAGCUGCAGCUGACCCCCAUGGACGGGGACGCGUUCAGCCAGCACCUGCAGGCCGUGAAGGUCCUGGCUGUGAGGGACCUCAUUUGGGUGCCCAGGCGCGGCGGCGAUGUUAUCGUCAUCGGCCUGGAGAAGGACGCAGGCGCCCAGCGGGGCCGAGUCAUCGCCGUCCUAAAAGCCCGAGAGCUGACUCCGCACGGGGCGCUGGUGGACGCAGCUGUGGUGGCCAAGGACACGGUUGUGUGUGGCUUCGUGAAUGAAGACACGGAGUGGUGCCUGGCCGUGUGGAGGGGCUGGGGUGCCCGGGAGUUUGACAUCUUCUACCAGUCCUACGAGGAGCUGGGCCGGCUGGAGGCUUGCACACGGAGGAGAAGGUAAUCCCUGUGCUGCCACGGCCGUCGUGCAGAGCCGGCCUCCGCCUGCAGCCCGCAGCCCCUCGAGGACACUGGGAAGUGACUGGGACUCCAGUGGUCUGGGGGUUCUCGCUCCUCAAGGGUAAAGUGACCUAAGCACCCCGUCUCUCCACUGCAGCCUCCACAGCCCCAGGCAGGGCAGUGGGCUCCGGUGGGAGGGGCCCCCUCCUGCGUCCCCCAUCAGCUGCCAGGAGCAGCGGAGGGGACCCCACUCUGGGCUGGGCCCCACCACAGGAGGCAGGGCCUUCCUGACAUAAUGGGCCUGCCCAGCGCCCUUCCUGGAUCUCAGAUGGAAUUACACAGAGGCUCUCGGCUGGGGAGCCGUCCAGGGCAGGGUGGGAGGAGGGCCGUGACCCCGUCCCCUCCUCCCCUCCCCUGGGGGCCCCCAGGCUCGCAGCCCCUUUCAUGAGCUCUCAGUCCCAGGGCCCGGGGUGGGCGUGGGCAGGCAGCGAUCAGAUGUCCCCUGCCCGGGGAAGUCUGUGCCUGAGAAGCCCCCAAGGGCCCUGGUGAGGCGCGGUGCCCGCUCUGUCCGGGCAUGAGUGAGUCCCUUUAAGUGCCAGCCGGAAAGCCCAGAGGCCCGGGGGAGCCUUUGCAUUCUUCUCCCCGACAAAAGGAAGGAGAAAGUCCGUUAGCAGCCUCGAGAAAGGGCCUUGUGUUUCAGGCUUUGGAAAAUAAACUCGGACGCAGCUGGAGCACAA